GCGUGGGGGAGUCGUGGAGACGUAAACAUCUCUUAAGUAGAGUCAGAGGAAGGGCUGCUGCUGGCCAUUUUAAAAGACCGGCUGGCCGCGGGGAAGCGGCUUGUUUGAAGGCUCAGGCCUUCGACACCGCUGUCCCUCCGCUGGUGACGCCCCCGCAAAGGCUUCGCCGUCGCCGAGGCCUCCUCUCAGCGACUCGUCGCAACCGGGUUCCCUUUCCGCUGGGUUCCGCCCGCACACCGCCACCAUUGACGCCAUGUCGAGUUAUUCUAGUGACCGAGACCGCGGUCGGGAUCGAGGGUUUGGUGCACCUCGAUUUGGAGGGAGUAGAACAGGACCCCUCUCUGGAAAGAAGUUUGGAAAUCCUGGGGAGAAACUAGUUAAAAAGAAGUGGAAUCUUGAUGAGCUGCCCAAAUUUGAGAAGAAUUUUUAUCAGGAACACCCUGAUUUGGCAAGGCGCACUGCACAAGAGGUAGAUACGUACAGAAGAAGCAAGGAAAUUACAGUUAGAGGUCACAACUGUCCAAAACCUGUUCUGAAUUUUUAUGAAGCAAACUUUCCUGCGAAUGUAAUGGAUGUGAUUGCAAGGCAGAACUUCACUGAGCCCACUGCUAUUCAAGCUCAGGGCUGGCCAGUUGCUCUCAGUGGAUUGGAUAUGGUUGGAGUAGCUCAGACUGGAUCUGGGAAAACAUUAUCUUAUUUGCUGCCUGCCAUUGUACACAUAAACCACCAGCCAUUCCUAGAGAGAGGUGAUGGACCUAUUUGCUUGGUGCUGGCACCAACUAGAGAACUGGCACAGCAGGUGCAGCAGGUUGCUGCUGAAUAUUGCAGAGCUUGUCGCUUGAAGUCUACUUGCAUCUAUGGUGGUGCUCCCAAAGGACCACAGAUUCGUGAUUUGGAAAGAGGUGUGGAAAUCUGUAUUGCAACACCUGGAAGACUGAUUGACUUUUUAGAGUGUGGGAAAACCAAUCUGAGAAGAACAACUUACCUUGUCCUUGAUGAAGCUGAUAGGAUGCUUGAUAUGGGAUUUGAACCCCAAAUAAGGAAAAUUGUGGAUCAAAUAAGACCUGAUAGGCAAACACUAAUGUGGAGUGCAACUUGGCCAAAAGAAGUAAGACAGCUUGCUGAAGAUUUCCUGAAAGACUAUAUUCAUAUCAAUAUUGGUGCACUGGAACUGAGUGCAAACCAUAACAUUCUUCAGAUUGUGGAUGUAUGUCAUGAUGUUGAAAAGGAUGAAAAACUUAUUCGUCUGAUGGAAGAGAUCAUGAGUGAGAAGGAGAAUAAAACCAUUGUUUUUGUUGAAACCAAAAGAAGAUGUGAUGAACUUACCAGAAAAAUGAGGAGAGAUGGGUGGCCUGCCAUGGGCAUCCAUGGUGACAAGAGUCAGCAGGAACGUGACUGGGUUCUAAAUGAAUUCAAACAUGGAAAAGCUCCUAUUCUGAUUGCUACCGAUGUGGCCUCCAGAGGGCUAGAUGUGGAAGAUGUGAAAUUUGUCAUCAAUUAUGACUACCCUAACUCCUCAGAGGAUUAUAUUCAUCGAAUUGGAAGAACUGCUCGCAGUACCAAAACAGGCACAGCAUACACUUUCUUUACACCUAAUAACAUAAAACAAGUGAGCGACCUUAUCUCUGUGCUUCGGGAAGCUAAUCAAGCAAUUAAUCCCAAGUUGCUUCAGUUGGUCGAAGACAGAGGUUCAGGUCGUUCCAGGGGUAGAGGAGGCAUGAAGGAUGAUCGUCGUGACAGAUACUCUGCAGGCAAAAGGGGUGGAUUUAAUACCUUUAGAGACAGGGAAAACUAUGACAGAGGCUACUCUAGUCUGCUUAAGAGAGAUUUUGGGGCUAAAACUCAGAAUGGUGUUUACAGUGCUGCAAAUUACACCAAUGGGAGCUUUGGAAGUAAUUUUGUAUCUGCUGGUAUACAGACCAGUUUUAGGACUGGUAACCCAACAGGGACUUACCAGAACGGUUAUGAUAGCACUCAGCAAUAUGGAAGUAAUGUUGCAAAUAUGCACAAUGGUAUGAACCAACAGGCUUAUGCAUAUCCUGCUACCGCAGCUGCUGCGCCUAUGAUUGGCUAUCCAAUGCCAACAGGGUAUUCUCAAUAAGACUUUAGAAGUAUAUGUAAAUGUCUGUUUUUCAUAAUUGCUCUUUAUAUUGUGUGUUAUCAGACAAGAUAGUUAUUUAAGAAACAUGGGAAAUGCAGAAAUGACUGCAGUGCAGCAGUAAUUAUGGUGCACUUUUUUCGCUAUUUAAGUUGGAUAUUUCUC